CGAGACCACACGGCAGUUGAAUUUGAAAACAGGCGGCAGUGUUGGCAGAGGAAAUCGGAAAGAAAGGAAAGAUGACUGCAGACAGUGAAAUGGACAUAAAAGAGGCGUUUCAGCGCGCUCAGAAGGGCCACAAUAACAAAGCAAAGCUGGUGGCAAACCUGAACAGCCGCUACAACAAGCUGGAGGACAAGACCCUGUUCCAUGAGGAGUUUGUCCACUACCUGAAAUACGCCAUGAUCGUCUACAAGCGGGAACCUACAGUUGAAAACAUCAUAGAGUUCGUAGCAAGGUUUGCCACAAGCUUCCUGUCUCCACCGAAAACAGAGGAGGAGGAGGAGAAGCAGGAGGAAGAGGAAGAAGAAGAAGAUGAUGAGGAGGAUGAUCAUCCAUUUCUGAGUUUCAUCUUCAAUUUCCUGUUGGAGUCUCACAAAGCCAGCAGCCAUGCGGUGCGUUUCCGUGUGUGUCAGCUGAUCAACAAGCUGCUGGGCAGUAUGGCGGAGAAUGCCCAGAUAGACGACGACCUGUUUGACCGCAUCCACCAAGCCAUGCUGGUCCGAGUCACUGACAAGUUCCCCAACGUGAGGAUUCAGGCUGCUCUGGCCAUGACGCGUCUACAACAGCCCAAGGAUUCCGACUGUCCAACUAUCAAUGCGUAUAUGCUGAUUCUGGAAAACGACACCAAUGCAGAAGUGCGUCGUGCCGUUCUUUCCUGCAUCGCAAUGUCCCCUCGCACCCUCCCCAAAGUACUCAAACGCACCCGGGACAUCAAAGAGAAUGUCCGCAAGCUGGCCUACCAGGUUCUGGCUGACAAAGUUCACAUUAAAGCUUUGACCAUCGCACAGAGAGUUACUCUACUGCAGCAGGGUCUCCGUGACACCUCAGAAACGGUGAGGGAGAUGGUUUCUUCUCGCCUGCUGCCGGCCUGGUUGCUCCGGGUGGAGGGAAACGUUAUUGGUCUGCUCCAUAAGCUGGAUGUGGAGAACUGUGCCGACACUGCUCUGGAAACACUGAAGGCCAUCUUCAAAGGCACUCUGACUGAAGAACUGCCGCAGAACAGAGCGCAGCUCGACAACAGGAAGCUGAUCCCUGUGGACUCUCUGUCCUGUGAGAAUGUGCUUUACUGGAGAGCUCUGUGCGAGUUCCUCAAGGCUCAAGGAGACGACGGUGAGGAAAUGCUGGAGCAAGUGUUACCAGACGCUGCCACUUAUGCUGACUUCCUCUACCGGUAUCUGAAGGCCGGUCCAGAGGAGCUCUUUCUAUAUCUGAAGGUGGUGCCUCUACUGACGGAGGAACAGAGGGCCGACUUUAACCAGUUGGAGCUCGUCAUGACCAAGGAGUUCAUCUCCCAACAGCUCAUCCAUCUCAUCGGCUGUCUGGACACCAACGAGGAGGGCGGCAGGAAGCGCGUGUUGUCGGUCCUGCAGGAGAUGUUGGUUCUGCCUCAGACUCCCUCCUCCCUGGUCUCCCUUCUCACUGAGAAACUCCUCACCCUCAUACCCGAUGACCACAGACGCAUACAGACUCUGGCAGAAAUCAUCUCCGAUGUGAGGGAGCCCAUCAUGGAGGCCAGCGCGCCGAUGGACGAGAACAUGAGCCGCCGGCAUCAGGUCCAGCUAGCAGAGGUGAAGGUGAGCAUCAUGGAGGCCAAACAAACUCUGGAGGACUCUGUCGCCGCCCAGGACUUCAGCCGCGCUGCAGAGCUGAAGGACUCCAUCGCAGAGCUGGACAACCGCAGGAACCAGAUCCUCCAGGAAGUCCAGGAGAUCAGCCAGCCGGCCGACAAGGAGAUCCGCGAGAAGAAUGACCCCGAGACUCUCCUGAGGUGUCUCACAAUGUGUGCAGAGCUGCUGAAGCAGAUGGGCAUCAAGACAAGGAUUGGUCCAACCAUAAGCGCCUUAAUGUCCUCCCUGGUUCUGCCUAGUAUAGCAAAUGCUCACCCGGCUGUCCGUAACAUGGCCGUUGUGUGUCUGGGAACAUGCACUCUGCACAGCAGGGAGCUGGCCAAAGCCCACAUGGUCCUCCUGCUGCAGAUUGCUCAGCUGGAUGAGGUCAAAAUCCGUAUCAGCGCUCUGCGGGCGAUCGUCGACCUGCUGCUGCUGUUUGGCUUCCAGCUGCUCUCUGAGACAGCUGCCAAUCUGACGGCCCUAAACUCCAAAUCCCCAGACCGGCGGGAAGAGGACGCCCCGGCGGCGGAGGAGAAGGGAGACGCUCCAGAGGACACGGCUCAGAGUAUCCUCGUGAUGCUCUCAGAGUUCCUGGACAGUGAGGUGUCUGGCCUGCGUACAGAGACGGCAGAGAGUCUCGCCAAACUCAUGUACACCGGCCGUAUAUCCAGUGCCAAGAUGUUCUCCCGUCUGGUGCUGCUCUGGUACAAUCCCGUCACCGAGGACGACACCCGGCUGCGGCACUGCCUCGGCGUCUUCUUCCAGCUCUACGCCCGCGAGAGCAGGGCCCACCAGGAGGUCGUGGAGGAGGGUUUCCUGCCCACGGUCCGGACCCUGAUGAAUGCCCCCGCCACCUCUCCGCUGGCUGAGGUGGACGUUAACAAUGUGGUGGAGCUGCUCGUCGAGCUCACCCGUCCCAGUGCACUUAUCAAGCCCUCGACCAACACAGAGGAGGUGUGUGUCCAUGACUACUUGGCGGUCCGUAUUUGCGGGGAGAUGUUGAAAGACCCCACUGCGCCUGAGGUGCGUCUCUAUACCAAGACUCUAAGCAACCUGGAGCUCAGCGGAGAUGGAACUGUCAAGAAAGACCUGCAGACACUUCUGCAGCAGCUCGUACAGGAGGUGAAGGAUCGUAUCUCUCUCCGUGGUCUGGAGAAAAUGAUCUGUCAGCUUGCGGACUCUAAAGAACAGGCAGAGCUCCUCAGCCCCAACGCAUUGCAACCAUUAGAUGUCAACGCAGACGAGGCCGCAGCAGACGAUCCAUCUAAAUGUGCCAAGAGAGCCAAAAGAGGAACUGCAGGUCAGAGGAAAGUCUGCGCAGCCAGAUCGGGCAGGAAGCCGAGCAGGAGGGCAGAGUCAUCAGAGGAGAGCGAUGGCGAAAAUGUUCCAGAGUCAGUUCCUCAACGGCGACCCUCCCGGAGGGCCAAGACUGCAGCUCUGGAGAAAACAAAGCUGGACCUAAACACGCUCAUCAAUCAGGAGGCCAAUGUGUCGUAGAAGGCAGUUGAUGCAAAGAUGGAAAUAAAAUGGUGCGGUUUCAGUGUUGUUCAAGUACAGCCGUCUAAUAUACAGAGCUUUAAGUUCAUAUAAUACUUUCAUCACAUUAUCGUACUCGUUCUUUUGUCAAAUGUAGUGAAAGUAACUGAGACUUCUCUGAUUUAGAGCCUUUACAAUGUUACAACAUUGUAAAGGCUCUAAAUCAGAGAGAAGUCUUUAUAUGUUGUCAUAGUUCCUUUUUAAUCUGUGUGUUUCUUAUUUU